AUGGAAGACGACAGUUCAGGGCACAACUAUUCAAGCGGCUUCUUCUCCGCCAGCUCCUCCUCUAUCAUCAUCAUGGAAGUGGUCGGAUUUCGUUUCCUAUUCUCGUCAUCGGUGGCUGACAUUCUUCUUCUUGUCAACUAUUCGCUAUGGCCGGGGAUAACGAUACUUUGCAAAUCGGAGAUUAUCGCCCCGUGGAUGCGUCAUUGGUUUCAGAUGUACAUGGACUGGGUGUGGUUCUCGAUGUGUUAUCACUACAUGAUCGUUGCCUGGUCCCGAUUUGCGGCCAUUCGGUCUCCGCUCACAUUUCGGGCACAACCGCGCGUCUUUUCUUAUGGGUUAUGCGGGGCUUGCUACGUGCUUUCCUUGAUACAGGUGCUUUGUACGCAUUUCCAACCGUGGUAUGUGACGUUUUACUACGAGCCCGCCGCGUACGGGAUGCUUUCUGAGGAUUUCGAAAAGUACAUGCGUGACGGGCAAUCGUUGAUGUUUCUCACUUUUCACACCCUCAUGGUCAUCAUCCCCUUCUAUUUUUAUGUCCGAGCCAUCUACCUACUCCUCCAACACCGGCAGAAUUCGAUGGGUGGCCAGUCGGUGCUCGAUUCUUCGGUCGAAAGCAGACUAAUAAUUCCGUGCAUUUGCAACACGGUGGUGUUCAUCGUCGGCCAGGUGGUGAUCACGAUGGGAACUGGCGAAGGGAAAUGGGCAACGUAUAUGGUGCUGCUCCUAUUCUCGGCAAAUUCGGCCGUCAACCCGGUGCUAUUGCUCGCAUUUUCGGCCACUAUCAGGCGUCGUAUGCUGGCCCAGCUGGGGGCCGAGGGAUUGGAGAAGCUCCGUAAAUACACGCCCGCCCCACUGCUAAGGGAUUUCCCGUAUCCACAAACAAUACCACGAUCAAUGGUCGAUCUCCGGAGGGCUGAUGCCGAAAUCACGACAAAUAAUCAGGAAUCAGAUUCGGGUCAGAGAAGUCCUCACUCGUUU